GGCUGGGCCUGAGCCCCGGCGCGCGGGUGUGAAUGAUGCUCUCGGGCUUCUUCCUCGUUGGGGCGCUUUCGCUUUGGCCGUCCGGAGCGCGGCCACUUCCUUGCACUCACUCUGUCUUCUUCCGUUUCUGGGGCGGUUUUCCCUUAGGGCUUCUGGCCUUGACCUGCGCCCACAUGUCGUCGGGACGCUGUCGUGGAAGCCUCACGCGGGAGUGCUGUUCCCGCCAAGACCCCACUGGUGACUCCCCAGCUCUGCCACCAUGAACGGGGUCGUGAUCCCCCAUACGCCCAUUGCUGUGGACUUUUGGAGCCUGCGCCGCGCUGGUACCGCGAGGCUCUUCUUCCUGUCCCACAUGCACAGUGACCACACGGUGGGCCUGUCUAGCACCUGGGCACGACCCCUCUACUGCUCUCCCAUUACUGCCCACCUCUUGCAUCGUCACCUGCAGGUGUCUAAGCAGUGGAUCCGAGCCCUGGAGAUUGGUGAAAGCCACGUAUUGCCUCUAGACGAGAUUGGGCAAGAAACCAUGACUGUGACCCUUAUAGAUGCCAACCACUGCCCUGGUUCUGUCAUGUUUCUCUUUGAAGGAUACUUUGGGACAAUUCUCUACACAGGUGAUUUUCGAUAUACACCAUCCAUGCUAAAGGAGCCCACUCCAAUACUGGGUAAACAGAUUGAUAUUUUAUAUCUGGACAACACUAAUUGCAAUCCAGACCUGGUUCUUCCUUCCCGACAAGAAGCUACUCGGCAGAUUGUCCGGCUCAUUCGACGGUUCCCACAACAUAAUGUAAAGAUUGGACUCUAUAGCCUAGGAAAAGAAUCACUGCUGGAGCAACUAGCCCUUGAGUUUCGGACCUGGGUGGUAUUGAGUCCUCAACGCCUGGAAUUGGUACAGCUGCUGGGCCUGGCAGACGUGUUCACCGUUGAGGAAAACGCUGGGCGCAUCCACGCUGUGAACCAUGUGGAGAUCUGCCAUUCAGCCAUGCUUCAGUGGAACCAGACUCACCCUACCAUUGCUGUUCUUCCCACAAGCCGGAGACUACGCAGCCCUCACCCCAGCAUCUACAUCGUCCCCUACUCUGACCAUUCAUCCUACUCUGAGCUUCGCACUUUUGUUGCAGCUCUGAGGCCUUGCCAGGUGAUGCCCAUUGUCAGUCAGCAGCCUUGUGGAGAGUUCUUUCAAGACAUCUUGAGUCCCGGCUUCUCUCUGCCCCUGAUUCCACACUCUGUGCAGCAAUACAUGAGUUCCUCUUCCAGGAAAACAAAUGUGCUUUGGCAAUUAGAAAGGAGGCUAAAGAGGGCAAGAACCCAAGGUGUUGUGUUUGAAUCCCCUGAGAAGAACGCUGAUCAGGUUAAAGUGGACAGAGACUCAAAGAAGCACAAAGAAGAAAACCUCUCUCCCUGGGCUGGGGAACUUGAGCCGCUCUGUCCCCUCCCUCUGCGGGCCAGGAAGCAGUUGUUCCCAGACCUCUGCUGGAAAGAGUGUGAUGAGUCAGUCCUUAUUUGUGACUCCAAGAAGAUGGCGAAUGUAUUGACUGCCCCAUUGCAAUUUUCAGUGAAAUUACAGCCUGUAGAUGAGUUUUUCCCUCCAGAAACCCAGGACGAAAUUGGCUUAGGGUCCUUGGUAUCUACGGGAGGCAACAGCUCAUCAGCCAGAGGAAACCAAAGUGUGUGGCUAGGCUGUGGUUCUUCCCUAUCUCACAUUAGCAAAGCCACUUAUCUAGCUACUGAGUCCAGAGGCCUGGCGUUAAAAUACCUUCUUACUCCAAUGAAGUUCUUCCAGGCAGGGUUCUCUUCCAGGAACUUUGACCAGCAAGUAGAAAAAUACCAGAGAUCACAGUGUAACAGUCCUGUUGGAGCAGCACUGCAGUUUUGAAAACAGUGAAAGAUGGCUAGUAGCAAAAGUUUGUUUGGUGUCCUCCCUUACAGAGUCCUGUGGCUCACCCUGGAGUAGCUUUUCAAUGGAGUAAAGCUCAUUUAUGGAGUCCUGGUGCCUAUGAAACCCUAAGUUUUAGAGCAGAUUGUAUUUUUAUAUUUUUAUUACAUUUAAGAAACAGUUUUCAUUAUAAACUAUUCAGUGUUCAUAAGCCCAUUAAAAGUUCUUAGAAGUCCCAGAGCAACUUAAUCUCUUCACCUUUGUUUAAGCCAGUUUUUCUCAAACUUUUAUCAGCAUGCAGUUGGGUGUUUUGUUUUGUGUAGAAAAAAUAGAGUCUGAAUCAAAAUAGAACCAUCCUAUUCCUCAAGUCCCCUUCAUUCUCUCCCCAUAUAAAAAUCUCUGGGUUAUUUAUUUUCAAAUUGUAAAUCAUUGUGCUGAAGGAUAAAGUGGUAUCCCAAGCUUGUUCUAAUCCUGAAUGUCACUGGCUUGCUGUGACCCUAUCCAAGUAACUUCCUGUCUCUGCCUCACGAAUGGAACAGGAAACCACGAAGAGGCAUUGAAGCAGUGUUGAGAAAAUAACACCUUCCUCCUUCAUGAAGGGGUUAAGUAAUGUCAUGAGAAAUCCAUUUGGAACAGAGCCGUUUAGGGGUUUAGCACCCCACACCACGGUGGUGCAUGGAAAAAGUUGAACAUUAAGGUUUAGAAUAUGUCAGAGCUACUGGAUGCUUGGAGACACUAUGUUAAAAUGAAGUACAGAAGAUCAGAUGCGCUGCCAAGUUUUCCUCUGGCUGUUCACAUAGCAGGGAUUUUUUUUUUCCUCACCCCCACACAUUUGAGUUAAGGAACCAGAACACAGAGCCUGUUUGUUUUAGUAUCCAAGGGAGAGACCAAGGAGCCAGCUGGCUAGAACAGGUCAGAGUGUGCAGUUCUACCCUGUCCUGCUCAUAACUGACAAAAUGCCAAGCCAAUAGGCAAGACGGCUGAUAGCAAGCCAGGAGGAAAUGUGCUCUGGGAGGGCACAGGCGAGGAGCAGCUUCAUCUUGGGACCUGGAGCCUGAGAAGUAAAGAAUACUAUCUCUUACCCUUGGGAAGGAGGGAGGAGUUUUGCUCUUUGAGGAGGGCGGUGAAGUUUAGAAAACAAAAUAAGACUUUGCUCUUGGACACACUGUACUCAGUGCUGUUUUUGUCAGUGGCCUUCCUGUAAACCUCUAAGGGCCUGGGAGCUGCAGCAGGUGAGGCCUGCAGUACAACAGGAAACCUGGAUAUUGUCUAGGCUGGAAUCCAGGACACAAGGUAAAUUGUUUAAGUAGAGGAGCCUUACUCAGCUGUAAUGUGGGGGCUGAGAUGCCUGCCUCCUCCGGUGAUUGCUAUGCAGAUUAAAUUAUUGGUAAAAUUCCCUAGCUCAUUGUGUGGCACAUGACAGCAUUUGAAAUAUUGGUCUUUGUAGCUAAAGGUAUGGCUCUGUGUGUUUAGCAAGCUGAAAUCUUGGAUGCCACAAAAAAAAAAAAAAAAAAAAGCAAUAAUAAUAAUAAUGUAACAGUGCUGGAGAGAUGGCUCAGUGGUUAAGAGACUGCUCUUCCAGAGGUCCUGAAGUUCAAUUGCCAGCAACCACAUGGUGCCUCACAACCAUCUAUAAUGUGAUCUGGUGCCCCCUUCUGGUGUGCAGGUGUACAUGCAGAUAGAGUGCUCAUGUACAUAAAGUAAUUCUUAAAAAAUAAUAAUAACAAAGACUUGAUUCUCUUAGCCUUUGGCCUUCAAAACAAUUCUCUAUAAAAAUAGAAAGCAAUAUAAACUAAUUGAUGGGCUUUUUUCCCCCUAGUUUUUAGGAAAAUGUAAAUAAGUUAAAUCUAUACAUUUUCAGAAUUAAUAUAAUUUGUAUGUGUGUACAUGCACAUACACACACAAUGAUGAUUUUUUUAAAAAAUGUAAAGGGUGCUAGACAGAUGGCCCAGUAGGUAAGAGCCUUUAAUGUGCGCUUGAAGAGUUCAGGUCCCAGCACCACAUCAAGUGGAUCAUACCUCAAGUUGCAGGGAGUCUAAUGCCUUCUGACUGUGAACAACCGCACAAACUCAUGCAGCCUCACAUAAUACACAUACAUAAAAAUAAUUUUUAAGGAAUGUUAAAGGGGUCAAUGAGAUGUCUCAGUGGGUAAAAGCACUUGCCACAGAAACUGGUGAGAACCGAGUCCAUAAAGUUGUCCUCCAGCUAAUUGACUGCCGUGUAGUCGUACACAAACAAUACUAGAAAGGGGGAGGAGUGAGAAUAAUACCAUCUACUUAAUUCCUUAAUUGGAAUUUUAAAUGCCAAAAUAAAAAAUGGCUAUUUUAAUAGAUGUCUUGUGACUACAUGUUAAUUAAACCAUUCUUAUAUUACUCAGUGUUUGCAUGCUGGUUUUUUUAUCUUUUAGAUUCAUUUAUGUGUGGAAGUGUUUGUUAUGUGCACUACGCAUUCCUGCUGUCCAUGAAAAUCAGGAGAGAAUGUAGAAUCCCAUGGAACUGUAUGGUUAUGAGCCGCUUUAUGGGUGCUGGCAAUUGAACAUGGGGGCCCUCUCCAUGAGCAACAACUGUUCUUAACUGCUGAGCCAUCUCUCCAGCCCCUUAUACUGUUUGUAUGCAUACUACAAGGAACUUCUCUCUGGGCAGUGCUGGGGAUCAAACUCAGAGCAUUGAGCAUGCUAGGUGAAUGCUUUGCCAGUGAGCCAUAUUUUAAGCUUUACUACGAACACACACACAUGCCUUGCAUUUUAAUUUUCCGCUUGGAGUAAAUUAUUAAAGUAUCGGAAUUAAAGAA